AUUUUAUACUUUUCAUCGCAACUCAUCGCAACACUGUGGGUGUUGGUUAAGCUUACUUCAUUGAUUCAACAUUGAAAUUGUGUUUAAUUGUGUUGUGAUUAACUUCACCUUCUUGUUGUGCUGCAUUUAAACUCGUCAUUUGUGUUUGUUAUCAUUUGUGGUUCUUUUAGUUUCUUUCAUCGGUUGGUAAGCCUUGGAAAGACUCAUUCAACCACAACCCAAUUAUCAACAAUAAUUCAAGAAUCUUUACUCUCUUUUCAGAGAUAGAGACGGAAAUAAUCAGAGAAGAAGAGAGAGAGAGAGAGAAAGAUAUUCCUCCUUUUUUACAGUUAAGAUGUAAGAAGAAGAAGAGGAAAACCAUGGUAAUCAAGAUUAAUCAGUUUUGAUUGCAUUGGAUUGCAAAGUGAGUCUCACAAUGCAGCUCAACAAGUUGUCUUGGUGAUUAUGUGAUUAAAUUCAUUCUCAUCAACUUUCAUUUUAUUAACACACAAUUGGUGCUACUUUUUUUUCCUAAUAUUUAUCAUCAAGAUAGAUCAACUAGAGUCUGAAAGAUCAUCGUAAACUUUGUGUCCAGCAAUGAUAAUCAACUGUAUGGACAAAACAAUGCCGAGAACGUGAACCAAAUGUUUUCAAAGCAACGAGUUUCUUUUCAUUUUUUUCUGUUUUCCUUUUCUUCAUUUCCAUUGUUUUUCAAAUUUUCCCUUAUUUUACCUUCUCUGUGACAUUGCCUCGGAUUCCAAUGGAUAUUUUUAUUUUCACCAGAUUUGAUUGUUAAUUGCUUAUCAAUCAAGUUUGAUUUAAAUUACAUUGUAAUCAAGUGGCAAUCAAGUGGUAAUCAAGGAUUGUUGGUGUAAAUUGAAAAGAAUUGCAAUUUUCGUUUUAAAAGUGAUUAACCCAAAAGUGCCUUUUGUGUUUAACAAGUUGACUUUUUGUUUUGUUUUCCCAUUUUUUUGGGUUUCAUCUUUACCAGUGUUAUGAGCCUUUCUGGUUCACAGUUUUCCAGUGGAUUAACCAGAAUGACCAGGAAAAAAAAGUCACCUUCUCCUUAUGAUCGGAUAAAUAUUGAUGAUGAUGAUGAGAUGAUUAUUGAAGGUUAUUUAUGGUCUUUAACAAGAUCAUUUGUCUUCUGGUUUUCGGGUUUACUUUCAGCUGGAUUUGUUUUCAUGUUGACAACCUGGAAGCCAAGUUACCUGAUCAAGUUUACCCAUAAACGAUGUACUCUUGAUCAAGCGGAUCGAGUUAUCUUAAGGGAUUCAUAUGGUGAAGAGUACGUUGAAAAGGUUAUCAAGCCUGACUAUACGAGAAAAGAACGAGCUCAGUUUUCACAUUUUUUUCACAAAAAACUGAAAUACCUUUGGAGACCCGAGUUGAGCCAAUUUAGCAAAUUAACUGGACUUGAGAAGGAAAAGUGCGGCUCAAUAUAUUCAAUGAGCGAUGGUUUAACCAAUUCAGAUGCUAAAAUACGCCAAUCAUUGUAUGGAAUCAAUUCAAUAAUAGUUCAAGUUGAUUCAAUAACAAAGCUAAUCUUGAGUCAAAUAAGCAAUCCAUUUUAUAUAUACCAGAUAUUCAUAAUACUUGUUUGGAUGGUUCAACUUUACUAUCAGUUUGCUGGAUGCGUUUUAUUAUUUUCAAUCAUCUCGAUCACACUUCAUGUUCAUGAAACUCGCAAGCAAAGCAUUGCACUUCGUCAAAAAGUUCAUUCAGAAUCUGAAGUGGUGGUUCUCCGUGAGGGCAUCAUGACUUCUAAAUCAUCCACUGAACUGGUUCCUGGUGAUAUAAUUAUCCUUGCACCCAACUGUUCGUUUGUCAUCGAGUGUGACGCAGUCCUUAUAUCUGGCUCUUGUACGGUAGAUGAAAGCAUGUUAACCGGUGAAAGCGAGCCUAUCAGUAAAGUUGCUCUAACUGAUGAUCCAAAUGUACUUUAUUCACCCAAUACUCAUAAGAAGAAUACCUUGUUUUGUGGAACGGAAAUUAUUCAUGUUCAAUCAUCUGAUAAGAUCCAUGUUAAAGCAUUGGUAGUCAGAACUGGUUAUUCAACGACCAAAGGUGAACUGGUUAGAAAUAUAUUGUACCCAAAGCCGGUUAACUUUCAAUUAAAACAAGAUCUAAUCAAAUGUAUGAUACUCUUUUUCAUCCUGGGAAUACCUUCCAUGGCUUACACUGCUUAUAUUUUUGUCUCUUAUGGAGCAUCUCUUUAUGACACAAUAAUUAUUGUGGUUGAUAUUGCAACUUUUUUGGUUCCGCCACUUUUGCCUGCUGUGAUGACUUCAAUAAAUGGCUAUGCUCAAAAGCGUCUACGUAAAGCUGACAUUUUUUGUCUCGAUACCAAUUUUAUAAAUGCUGGAGGAAGCAUUGAUAUGGUUUGCUUUGAUAAAACUGGGACACUUACUGAAGACAGCAUUGACAUUGCCGGUGUUGUUCCCUCUUCUAAUGGACUCUUUGGUCGUCCAGAGAGAAAAAUGACGACUCUUGAUCGUUAUAGCACUUUGGUUGCUAUUCUGGCUAAUUGUCAUUCCUUGAUUGAACGCAGUAGACGACUUGAUGGAGAUAGACAAGAGAUUCGUAUGUUUGAGUCAGUUGAAGCAGAAUUUCGUGAUGAUACCUUUGUUAAUGAGAAUGGUGCCUUUGAAAGGUUACCUGAUCGUCUGAUUGGCUUUAAAAGAGGGCCUGAUGAUUUGAUUUACGGUCUUAUACGGUUGUUUCCCUUUGAUUCGACCCUUCAACGAAUGGCUGUAGUUGUUAAACGAGCUCAUACAAAUUCAUAUUCAGUUUUAAUGAAAGGCGCUCCUGAAGUGAUUCGCACUUUUUGUAUUGAUGCUACAAUACCUAAUGACUUUGAUUCCAUGUUAGCAAUGUACACUCGAGAUGGGAUGAGAGUUAUGGCGGCAGCUUCACGGUCAAUUGAUGGUGAUUCAAUCGAUCUAGCUGGUUUAAUGAAAAUACCUCGUGAAGAUCUUGAGCAUUCAAUGAUUUUUGAGGGUCUCAUUGUCUUUCAAAAUCAACUCAAGCCCGAAACUGAAUCAACCUUGUAUGCUCUGAAAGAGGUUGGCAUACGCUCCAUCAUGGCUACAGGUGAUAAUAUAUUAACUGCUCUCUCAGUUGCCCGUGACUGUGGUAUGAUUGAUGAAGCUGAUUCGGUUGUACAAGUUGAAGCAAACCUAACCGAUAAUGGAAGCCUGGAGACGCUUUAUCGAUACGUCAAACUGCCUGGAAUUUCAGAGAAACUCAACAUUGACGAUUCAACAAUGAAGUACAGUGAAGAAAUUAUUACACCCAUUUUAAAGAAACGUUGUUGGCACAUUUCAAUAGAAGGAAAAUCAUUUGAACUGAUUCGCAACUAUGAUCGUUCACUUUUGUCUAAAAUUGUGCAUCGUGGGACAAUUUUCGCUCGCAUGUUACCUGAUCACAAGUUACAUCUUAUUGAUGAAAUUCAGCGACAAGGGCAUCAGGUUGCCAUGUGUGGAGAUGGAGCCAAUGAUUGUGGUGCCUUGCGUCUAGCUAAUUGUGGAAUAUCUCUGUCAAUGGCGGAAAGUUCAGUAGCUUCACCAUUCACAUAUACCAAGAAAAAUAUUGAAUGUGUUCCCAUAUUGAUAAGAGAGGGAAGAGCAACUUUAGCUGCCACUAUGGGUGCCUUCAAGUAUCAAGCUUCAUAUUGUUUUGUCCUUCUUUCCUCAGUGUUGAUCCUUUUCUGGGAAGGAGCUAAACUCUCUGAUGGUGGAUUUGUAUUCAUUGAUAUUAUAUUGAACAUGUUUCCACCUCUUGUUUUUGGCACCACCAAAGCUUAUCCCAGAUUAACUCGACAUCGACCUUUACUCUCAUUGUUUGAUUUCAACCCACUAUUCUCAAUAUUUUCAUUUGUUUUCAUUCAAGUCAUUAUUUAUUUAAUUGCAAGAGAAUAUCUUCUAAUUCAAGAAUGGUUCGAACCAUUUGUAUUCAAUGCCACUCAAAUUCAUAGGCCUGAACCUUCACAUAUGACUCUAACCAUUUUAUCAGUCAAUACAAUGUCAUAUGUGAUAGCAGCAAUAAUAUUUGCCUCUGGUCCACCUUUUAGGAUGAGUUUUUUGUCAAAUAAAAUUUAUACAUUUGUUGUUUUUUUAAACCUUUUACUGGUAAUCAUCGUAACUGUUUACCCAACUCCUGGUUUUCUGUUGGAUUAUGUUAAUUUUAAAGAUGUUCCGGAUUUUGAAUUCAAAUUGACAUUAUUUUCACUGGGACUGGCAAAUCUUGGCAUCUCGUACCUUUGGGAAGUCGUUUUCCUUCAAAGUGGCCAAUCUCAACAAUUUUGUACCAAAUUUACCUCAUGGAGAAACAAGAAACCUUUGUAUGAACAAAUUGAGACUGAAUUACAAUUACAAGACGACUGGCCUCCAGUAAUCAAGGGUAACAUGGGUAAACGAGAUACUAGUCAAUCAUUAUCUUCAACUGACAAUUGGAUUCAUCAUUGUAACACUUUACCUGUUGAUCAUCGAAUCAGUUUGGAUUCCAAAAGGACUUUAGUAACAUUUACUAACCAAGAAUAUAAUGUGGAGGCUAAAAUGUUUGACUAAUUAUUGUGAUAUAAUAUUUUUGAUAAUUUACUUGAACAAAUUUAUUACUGUUGAAAUUGUUUUCUCUCUGGAUAACAUUUAUUCAUCGUUAUCAUCAUCAUGAUCCUCAUCACUACCAUUGCCAACAUCAUUAUUAUUACGAUGACCACUACCAUCAAUAUCAUCAUUACCAUUAACAGUAACAUCAUGCAAAUAAAGUCAUUCAACUGUGAUGUGAAGAUGCAAAGCUGCCAUUCCAUUGAAAGAUUGAAAUUGGAGAAAUGCUCAACAAGAUGUUGAUCAAUAUCUUUAUACAACCUCUUGAUUCCCUUUCAACUUAAACACCAUUUAAUGAUCAAUCUAUUUUAUAACUGUUUUGGAUCAACAUUUUAAAUUGUAAUUAAGAAUAUAAAUUAUAAUCUAAUUACUUUCGAUUGGAAAAUGAUGAUUAAACAGCAACUUGAAGUGCUUCGUCGUGCAUCCUCUUGCCAUUCAAAAAAUGUCUCAAUGAAUAAUCAAGCCAUGCUGUUGAUGCAAUUUUUUGUGUAAAUUAUGGAAUCUUUCAAUCUUUUUUCAUUACAAUCAUUGAAUGAUUAAGAAAAAUGAAAAUUACGUUAACUAUUCAUCUAAAAAUGGCAACAAAAAUGAAUUAGAGUCGCUUUGAUUAAAUAUAAAUCAGCAAAGAAAUUACAAGAACUUAUAAGGAGUUAAAGUUGGAAGGCAAAAUGAGACUCUAAACUGGUUUCAAUUGAUUAGACGGUAAAAUUGAAAGCUGAUCAGUUUUCAAUGGAAAGACAAGUCAGUUCAGUUCAAUUGGAUGAAUUGUGUGAAUAAGAUUCACAUGAGAAUAAUAUUGGAAUGGAAAGAAAAGUGAAGACAAAAAUAAACUGCAAUGGCUUAAGUUGAUGUAUUAGGAGACAAAGGAGUAUUAAAAUGAGGAGGAAAAGGGACGUAAAUUAAUCAUGAAUCAUAUGAAUAAGCAAAAGAACUGAACAUCUUUGUGACUCUUCAUCUAAUCAUGUUCAUGAUUACCAUUCAUUGAAAUAAACAGAGCAAAGCUUUUCUCCAACAAA